GCAGGCUGCGAGCGCGCGGACCGCAGCAGUGCGCGAGCCUCGGAGCGCGCGGUACUGUUGGGCAGCGCAGCGGGUUCGCCGCACGCACGCCGGCCCGCACCCAGCCGACCGCCCUGCUCGUGCCAGCCCUUCUCACCCAGUCAACGGCGCGCCCAGCGGCCAUGACCGCCGAGGAGAUGAAGGCGACAGAGAAUGGGUCGCAGUCUGCGCCGCAGCCCCUUGAGGGAGUGGACAUCAGCCCCAAGCAGGACGAGGGCGUGCUCAAGGUCAUCAAGAGAGAGGGUACAGGCACAGAGACACCCAUGAUUGGGGACCGAGUCUUUGUCCACUACACUGGCUGGCUAUUAGAUGGCACAAAGUUUGACUCCAGUCUGGACCGCAAGGACAAAUUCUCCUUUGACCUAGGAAAAGGGGAGGUCAUCAAGGCUUGGGAUGUUGCUGUGGCAACCAUGAAGGUGGGGGAAGUGUGCCAUAUCACCUGCAAGCCAGAAUAUGCCUAUGGUUCAGCAGGCAGUCCUCCAAAGAUCCCCCCAAACGCUACGCUUGUAUUUGAGGUGGAAUUAUUUGAGUUUAAGGGAGAGGAUCUGACAGAAGAUGAAGAUGGUGGAAUCAUCCGCAGAAUACGGACUCGGGGUGAAGGCUAUGCCAAGCCCAAUGAUGGUGCUAUGGUAGAAGUGUCACUGGAAGGGUACUAUAAGGACCAGCUCUUUGACCAGCGGGAGCUCCGCUUUGGGGUUGGUGAAGGGGAGAAUCUGGAUCUGCCCUGUGGACUGGAGACAGCCAUUCAGCACAUGGAGAAAGGAGAACAUUCCGUUGUAUACCUCAAACCCAGCUAUGCUUUUGGCAGCAUUGGGAAGGAGAAGUUCCACAUCCCACCCCACGCUGACCUGAGAUACGAAGUACAUCUGAAGAGUUUUGAGAAGGCCAAGGAAUCUUGGGAGAUGAAUUCUGAGGAGAAGCUGGAACAGAGUGGCAUAGUGAAAGAGAGGGGCACUGUAUACUUCAAGGAAGGCAAGUACAAGCAAGCUCUACUGCAAUACAAGAAGAUCGUGUCUUGGCUGGAGUACGAGUCUAGUUUUUCCAGUGAGGAAAUGCAAAAGGUCCGUGCUCUUCGACUGGCCUCACACCUCAAUCUGGCCAUGUGUCACCUGAAACUGCAGGCCUUCUCAGCUGCCAUAGAAAGCUGUAAUAAGGCCCUGGAACUGGAUAGCAACAAUGAGAAGGGCCUCUUCCGCCGGGCAGAGGCCCACCUGGCUGUAAAUGACUUUGACCUGGCACGGGCUGACUUCCAGAAGGUUCUGCAGCUCUAUCCCAACAACAAAGCCGCCAAGACCCAGCUGGCCGUGUGCCAGCAGCGGACCCGAAAGCAGCUUGCCCGAGAGAAGAAACUCUACGCCAACAUGUUUGAAAGGCUGGCCGAGGAAGAGAGCAAGGCCAAGGUGACUACAGGAGAUCAUCCCACAGACACAGAGAUGAAGGACCAGCAGAACAGUGUGGCAGGGACCCAGUCUCAAGUGGGGACAGAAGCCUAGCCUGUCUCUUCCCUGCCCACCCCUGUGGCUGCCUACCUCCCUGCUCCCUUCCCUGCUCCACCCUGUUAGUUUUGUAAAAACUGAAGAAUUUUGAGUGAAUUAGACCUUUAUUUUUCUAUCUGGUUUGAUGAUGGCUUUGGGAGAAAGGAAAAGAGCAGGAUGGGGGUGAGCUGUGGGGAGAUAGUCUUAGAUGGUGUCAACCCCUUUCCUUCUUACAUAUGAACAUGUAUGUCCAUCCACACAUACUCAUAAGAAUGUUAAUUUAUUUUGCUCCCUGUUUGUUAGGUCUGUUUUUCAAGUGCAAAAGGGGGCAGGUGGUAGGGAUGAGGUCUCAUAAAAAGCCAGGGUGGAGUGGGAGACUCCUGAGGCAGCCAUUUUCCUCAUCCUUUCCCAAGUGUGUGGUCUCCCUGUCAGUGCUAGGAGCAUGGGAAAACCACUGCUGUGCCCAUUAUCUCUUGCCUGCCUUACCCCACCCAGAUGGUAUGGCUGAUAAUGCCCUCUGAUGUCAGUGAUCACCUCUAGCCAGCCCUUUCCUGUACUUCCCUCCCAUCAGUUUCCCUUCUAGCCAGGUUGUCCCCACUCCUACCCCCUCAGCCUCUUUUCUGCACGUUGCUGAAGGUCCAGGCACACCUCAAGUCCUGUGCUUGAGCAAUAAAGUGGAAACAAUGAAA